AUGGAGACUUUGAUCGAAACCAAUGAACAGUUGAGCAAAGCUAUGAAUCAACAUCAAAGAGCCGUACUACAUGCGCGGAAAGUGAUGGGUCUUGGGAACGGGGAAAAUACUACUCCUCCGUCCAGAACAAGCUCGGGAUUUACACCACCGCCAGGUCCACCACCGAACCAAAUUUCCAAACCUACCGCGAGCAGUAGCAAGAGACCUGCGCCACCAAUCCCGCCACCGGGAGAUAUAGCACCUAUGGAUGAUGAAGAUGAUGAACGAAACCCUUUCAGUGACCCAGAACCAAGCUCAUCGAGGAGGCCGCCGUUUCCCUCUGAUGAACCACCAAGAGCAACUGGUCAAUUCAAUGAUACCCAUGGUGUCGAACCCUAUCACCCUGGUUUCAAGGAAACGAAAAGCUAUAUGGGAAGACAGGAUAGUAGCAUAAACAAUAUCACCAUGCAUGCUGCCGUUCCUGAGAGGGAUGAGGAUGACGAGGAUGACGAGCCGAGGUACUCUGUCCCUGUUGGCAAACAGCCAGUCUAUAGAUACUAG